UCCGCGGGCUCGUCAGCUGUGAGAGUUUCUCCCCAGUGCACCACCGAUAGGAAUACAGAGCAGAAGCGGAUCGGAACCGUAUUCUCGCUUCGUGAUUCGUGACACUCUGUCGGAAGUUCUCCCGCUACAGAUGGCUGACUUAUGCAAAACGCGACAAAUUGUGAGCCCAUCGGACAUGCGGUUUCUCCUUCCCCAGUGAGUCGCAUUUGAGAACCCUCACGAGGAAAUCGAGUGAGCAGCUCCCAUAAAUAUCAACAUGGAUAUGCUGAACAACAUAUUCACGCCUCAGGGGCACGAAUCGGCCAUGAAACAGGCCCUCUACAACACGUUAGCCUUCGUGUUCGUACUGGUGUUCGCUGUCGCCGGCGUAGCUCUGUACUUCAUCUUGGAACCGUUUCUGCAGCCGCUAUUGUGGGCAUUAUUGUUCGGUUCUGUACUCUAUCCCUUCAAACACUCUCUCUCGGAAUUUCUACGAGAAUGGCUGCAGAACGUCCAAGCACCGCUUGCCGUCGCGGUCGCGACGUCGCCAGUGGUGCUUCUCGAUAGUAUCGCGCAUUCGUUCAUGACCAUGUUAUUUAACUACAGUAAAUUAUUUAUCGCGGUAGCCGGAUCCAUCCUGGUGGCCUGGUUCCUGCCCCUCGCAUGGUUCAUGAAAGUCGUGCAGCUCGUAAACAUAAUGUACAGUCUGUUCGGACUUCUCGUGUCGAUUCUCUCGACAGCUUUCACGGUUUGGACAAUGACCAUCGCUUUCGUCUUCGUUCUUCUGUUCAAUUUCAAUGACAGCGUGGCCCCUAUUUUCCACAUGCUCAGCCCCGUGAUGUACUUGUCCAUAUUCUGCUAUCUGACGGGAAUGCUCGGUGCUCUGAGGAUACCGAUCAUUCUCGCAGUCUUCUUGUUGAUGGUCAUUGGAUUUUUUGCCGAGAUCGAAGACCGCGGCAAGUGCGGUCCCAAAACCAGUGAGAAAGCAUCGACGAAAACGUACGACAGAAUGUCGAUUGUCGAGAUCACGGUCGCUCGCAAGAUGAAACUCUGGUACAUCAGACUCAAGGACGCGCUCAGGAGCCCAGAAGACGUGCCGGAACCGGAGAACGAGGACUACACGGAACCCGACAAGCGCCCACCACCCCUCAUCCAAGUUGAUGACGUGGACAAACCAGCGGACGAGACUGAAGACACCUGUACGGAACCGACGAGCCACGAGAGCGACCUCUAUCUCAUUGCGGUCGUCUGGGCUUGCGUUGUGGUCCAGCUAUAUAGGAAUCUAUGGUUCAUGCCACUAAUGUACAUCCCGAUGCUCUACGGUGUGAUGAAGGGAAUCUGCCUCAGAUUGAACGUAUCGGAAAUGCUUCGAGGUUUUCGUGAUAACUUCGAUAACUGGUACGAAACGAGGAGAGACGCCAUCGCCCCAGCCUUCGUUCAAGGGGUUUUCCGGCUGCUCUUGAAGGGAGACCGGAAGAUAAAGCAUAUCCUCGAAGAUUCCGUGGACUCGAUUACAUCGAUCCUUGUCAUAAUACUGCUCUUUCUGGUGGCUACUGUCGGCACGAUUUUCAUGGCCUGUCAGGUCUACGGAGAGAGUGUUCAUCUGAUCGGGAUCACUUCGGGUGUCAUCAACAGGACUCUCGUUCACAAUCCAGAGCUCCAACAGCUGGUUCCCGAUACAAUCAGCAACGUGCAAGGGGCUCUGGAUUCGAUGUUGGGAGACGCCUAUCAAUACGGAAAAGACUGGAUCCGAGGCAGCCUGAGGCGACUUUUGGAAAACAAAGACGAUCCCUCUAAGGCUGAAGCACUCGAGGGCGAAAUCAUGGAUUUGUGGGACAGAAUCUACCACAUGUGGAUCAGACAGAGGAACGCUACAGAGAGCGAAGGGGAGAAAAUCCUGGCAAGUCCCUCCUGGAAUACCCUAAUCGAUGGACUGAAAACACUGGAUCUGAGUGCUAUCACAAAUUUCGUGAAAGAUAAUUUAGACACGCUGCAAACGGUCAUCGAUUCCGUUUGGGUGAUCCUUAAGGGCAACGUCACGAUUUUCAUCUCGGUAAUCACAGCCAUCUUGUCGGUUGUUUUCGGCGGCGGAACCGCUGUUCUCAACUUCGUCAUAAACUUCAUCGUUUUCACAACAGCACUGUUCUAUCUUCUCGCGGCGAGCGAUAGCACGUACAAACCAAUUCAACUGUUGAGCAAAGCCAUUCCCAACAGCAAGGGCAAACCCAUCUCUGGACUGGGAAAAGCUGUCGAACAAGCUAUCAAUGGCGUUUUCGCACUUUCAUUCAAAAUGGCAUUCUUCUAUGGUCUGUAUACCUGGCUAAUCCACUCAUUAUUUAACGUUAAUAUCAUUUACAUACCGUCGGUCCUUGCGGCCAUUUUCGGCGCCGUUCCUUUUCUGGGCACGUAUUGGGCUUGCCUGCCAGCAUGUCUCGAGCUUUGGUUGGUCAAUGGAAACCCCGUGCGUGCCCUGAUAAUGUUCUUGGCGCAAAUUCUCCCCAUGUGUUUCGUAGACACCGCUAUCUACUCGGAAAUAAAAGGAGGUGGACAUCCGUAUCUCACGGGCUUAGCCAUCGCGGGAGGCGUGUUCUGUAUGGGUGUCCAGGGUGCACUUUUCGGUCCGAUGUUGCUAUGCGUUUUGAUAGCAGCCUGCAAUGUUUACUCGAAACUGGUACAGAAAUCCAACCUAGCGAAUUUCGAAGAGUUUUCUGUUCCACAAUCACCCAAGCCGCGCAUGAGAAAACGAGCUUCUUUCAGUGGCCAGCUAGUCACGGAUAAAUUUGAUUGAUAGCCCACGAUCGUACACUUCCGAAGACGUCCGGACAUCCUAGGUUUGCCCCCGCUGCUUUGGAUGGUUUGUGGG